AUGUCUGUUGCUAUUAAUGAUGUACGGCAAAUAGUCGCUAUUGGCUUACCCAUCUUUGACAUAGUUAUGCUUCUUAAUAUCACUGUUAGUGGUGAUGAUGGAUGGCUCAACUUAACAAGAACAAUUAAUUCAUCUCAAGUCAAUGUUGGUUUCGGCCGCUCUUUGGCAUGGAUAGAUGAUAAAACGAUAGCUAUAGCUGUUCUCGAUGUUGCUGAUCAGUCUUGGUCUCGAUCAGAAGUAUGGAUUUUUAACAUGGACAUAGGCUUCAAAAGACCACUCUUUGCAUUUCCCAAUCAACAACAGAUACUUAACAUGCCGAAACCACCUCUCUUCCUACACAUUAUCUCCUCGUCAAGAGGCUUGUUAAUAUUAACAGAUCAAAGAAACGCACUGCUCUUGCUAUCAUCACCAGCAGGAUUUCAUCCUGUUCUGUAUGAUAACAUUGAUGCACUCAUUUCUGUGUCCUUCUAUGAAUUUUGUCCUGCUGGUACUUUUAAGAAUAAUUCGGGUAUUGGACCAUGCACUGUAUGUCCUCCACAAACAAAGAAUCCUGGUGACCAACCAUGUAUAGAAUGUACUCCAUGCUUACCAACUUCAUUUUGUCCGAUGGCUUCCGUUGAUGAUACCGUUACAAAUGUUUCGUAUCCUUCUUAUACACAAACAUUUUCCUAUCCGGAUACUCCAGAUACGGAUAACUACGAUGAUCUUCUCAUACAAAACAUGUUCAGUGUUGGUAAAACGACUCGCUGUCUGAUUAUUUCACCUAUGUUCUGGACUUUACUUGUCAUCGGAAUUUGUCUUCUCAUCUGUUUCAUGAUGAUUUUAAUAAAAUUACGUCGUUGCCGUACAGUAAGUCGUCAUCGUACUCUGGCCAAAAAUUUAUUCAAAGCAGCUGACAUAAUUAAUGAUGGUGAACGAUGGAUAGGAGGAUUAAUUUCAUUAUCCAUCUUUGUUCUAUUCGGUUUCGCUUUUCGAUUUGCCGCUGAAUACGUUAAACUUUAUCCGAUUGAAACAUCAACUGAUGCUGAUAUUUCAUGUGAUCGAACUCUGCGUAAUGCUCUGUUUGACAAUGCUCUUCAAUUGCUUCUACCCAAUCCUGAUGGCAAUCGAUGGCCUAUAUUUGGCAUGCUCGAUGAACAAAGAAUUAACAUGACACUCGAUUUAGUAAACACACGAGCCGAUUGUUCGGACAUGACUUUUCAACAAAAUCGUAUCGGUGUCAAUUAUUUAUCGUUGUCACUAGCCAAUUGUAUACUUCAACCAGACAAUAUUACACGAUCAGUGAGUAUUGAAUUACCAACACAUCGUAUAAGUGUACAAUUAAAUAUCACUGGGCCAUAUUUUAUUGGUGGAUUUCGUCUUUGUCUUCGUGGUCCUGGUCAAAUUAAUGAUGCUUAUGAACUUAAAGCUCUAAACAUCUGUCAAUUCUUUUCAACGCCAAAUCAAACAUUAUCAUCUGUUACAACAUUAUCUGUUGUAUUAAUUAAAAUCAUUAAUCAAACGAAACCCUUACACGUCAGUGACACAUCUAAAUAUGAUGGACGGUGGGUACCAACAUUUGCUGAAAAUUCACUGUCGGACGAGAUGAUCUAUGAACAAUAUGGCGACUAUCUUCGAUACAGUAGAUCACGUCACAUAUUAGCAAUUACAUUCAGUGAACAACCAUUUUUCGUUCAGAAUAAUCAAAAAUCUAUCGUUCGUCUAGCUGAACUUGCCUUUCAUACUUUACUCUUUUGUACACUCGUGAUCGAACUAUUUGCUAUUGCUUUUCUUCUAUUUAAAUUGAUUAGUAAGCCCACGAUUCAUCUUGUCAAUCUCUGCAAAAAACGAUCAAAAAAUCAAUUAUCAGAAAUUCUACCAAUUCCAACGAAAAAUUAUGCGAAUAGAAACAAUUCAGCUCGUAAGAAAUCUCAUCGAUUGACAUCUCUCGAUCGGCUUCGACUAGUGCGUGAUUUGAAACGACGACAGAGAAAACAACCUAAUUUAAAAAGUUCAAAUGAAACUUUUCGUGUCUCGCCUGAAUUAACAUCUAUUGAGAUUGAACGAAAUUAUUUCUAG